UAUAAUUUGCCUCAAUUAUUUAAAUGAAGUUACUGGGUAUAAACAUAUCACAUAAUCUUCACACAAUUCACUGGCGACACUAAAUCUGAAGAGGUUCAGAGAUCGGAUCGUCUUCCCUGUCAAGCAUAGGUUAUUCCUCGUGAUACCAUAAUGUUCAGUGCAUGGGCGCAUUCAUAUUCUACAGCGCGGAUGGCUUGACUGAGGAUUUUUGUUUGCAGGAUAGCUUGACCGCAGUAGAUUUUGCAUCGUGAGCCAUGGCACGAGUUUUUCCGCAAAAGUAAUCUGAGAAGAACGAGGUUAGAAAUAGGUUAAAAUGGGCGGCACACUUCUGCUUGCGUGAAAGUCGUUACAUGGACUGUACUGGUGAAAAGUUAUGCGGCAGAUGGGGGAAUCAGACAAAGAGGAAAACAUGUAAACGACAGUCUGUUUUAACAUAAUACUGUCUCUUGACAUCGCAAAGGGAUCUAUUUGAACAUAUCGGCUGAAUAAGUGCCACAAACGUGGUACAAUUCUUCAAGAAAGGAUUUGCUAUGUCCAGUUUCCUGGGUGUGAGUGUUUGGUUCUUGCUUGUCCUUCACUAUGUGGCUGCAGUGAUGGACUGCCACCCGGGUUGUCGCUGUGAAGUCGAGAGCUUCGGCCUGUUCCACAGCUUCAGCCUGACCCGGGUCGACUGUAGUGGGGUGGGCCGUGGUCAUGGCCUGGUGGUCCCCAUCUCCAUCCCCCUGGACACCUCCUCCCUAGACCUGUCCUCCAGCGCCAUCCACACCAUCGCUGACUCCAUGCUGUCUGGGCCGGGCUACACCACGCUGGCCAGCCUAGACCUCAGCAACAACCUCCUCUCCAGGCUCAACAGCAGCAUCUUCUCCAGGCUGCGCUACCUGGAGACCUUGGACCUGAGCCACAACACCCUGGAGGAGCUGGCCCCCGGCUGCUUCUCUGGCUUGCCCCUGGCCGAGGUGGACCUGAGCGGCAACAGGCUCCAGGAGGUCAACCUGGAGGUCUUUUCCAACAAGGGCCACGGUGCAGGACCUCUCAAUGUGGACCUGUCUAACAACCUGCUGAACACUGUCACGACUAGGGAUCCACAGGUGCUAAGCCCUCCUAACAUUCAGAGCCUCAGUCUGGCAGGGAAUCGUCUGAGGGCUGUGCCCAAGCUGCAGGGCCUCCCUCUAAGGUCUCUGAGCCUGGACGGCAACCCCAUCCUCAGCAUCGAAAGGCACAGCUUCACAGGGCUAAGGGAUCUGGCUUACCUGUCUCUCAGUGGACUGUCUGAGCUCACCUCCAUCCAGCUCCAAAGUUUCAGUGAGCUGAGCAGCCUGCAGGUCCUGGACCUGUCCCACAACAGCAGGCUGAGACCACUUAACCCUGAGGUGUUUAGCGGACUGGCUGCCUUACAGGAGCUCAACCUGUCCAACUCAGGGGUGGUGUCUCUGCCCAGCAACAUUCUCAACCUCCUGCCCAGCAUCAAAAGCAUCGUUCUCAGGGAGAAGGUAAACUGUUGGAAGACCCAUAGACAGGUGCAGUUCCACAGACAGAUAGGAGGACAGUCAACAAGGGGGGAGGAAUUGACCUGUGAUGUCAUAGGAAUUGUUUUAUGAGUCUGCCGGCCUUAACAGGUUGGUCAAAAUGAAGAAGGUGGAGAAGCAGUGAGAGCCUCACAGUGAAAUCAGCUUAUACAGUAAUCACACUAUAUUUCAGAAUUCAGUCCUCAGAUUUGUGCAUCAUCAUCAAGGGUUGCACUCAAUUUCAAAAUAUAGCUUUUGUUCCACUGCUUCAAGGGAGUGUGCAAUAAAAUGCCAGUGUACAACAGUGGCCAUGGGCUAAUAAAUUAUGCUGGCAACUGUACUAACCAUCUUGAUAACAUGGCAACGUGUGAUGAUUUACAAGGACAAAGUCAGAAAUGAUUACCUGAACUUGUUUUGUAGUUUUCAAUCCCUUUUCUAUUUUUUAACGAAUUCAACUGAACUAAAUAAUGACAACUCAUACAGUGUUAUGAUGCAUUAAUGUCCAUCAGACAAU